AUGGUAUCAAAGCAGGGAAAUGGGAACUAUUCAAUCAAGUUUUAUGGAUUCGUAAUUGGAUUUCCAAAUUUCAGGCCUGAAAAUCACAGAACAUCAUCUGCAAUGAUCUGGGUUCAUCUUCCUGGACUCAGUUUAGAAUAUUGGGAUGAGAAAACUCUUUUCACCAUAUGUAGAACUCUGGGAGAUCUAGUAAAAUUUGAUGAAACUACUCUCAAUUAUGAUAAUGGUUAUUAUGCUAGAGUGUUGGUGAAUAUUGAUUUAGCAAGGAAAAUUCCCAGCAAACUAUGGAUUAAAACCAAGUUUGGAGGUUUUAUGCAACAAGUAAUUCUUAUUAAGCCACCAAAGUUCUGUAAUCACUGUAAAAUAGUUGGUCAUCUUCAAAUUGAAUGCAGAGCAAAGAAGGAGGGUGAUAGUAAUCAGCAAGUUCAGAGUACUCCAAAAUUCAUUCCUAAAACAAAUCCUCCCGAGGAAGCUCAGAAAGGUGCAAGUACAAAUUCCACUGAACAAAAUGGUGGCAGUCAUUCUCCUACCACAAGAGAGAAGUUUGACAUUUGUGAGACUCCAGUCACCCAAAUUCAUCAAACAUCCACAUCAAUUAACAAAACAAAAGGAUCAGUAAAUAUUACUUCAGGGAUGUUUGGAUCCUUAACCACAGAAGAAGAAAAUAUUAUUGAUAAACAAUUCAUUGAUCCUGCAAAAGUUUUAAAGAUAGUAUCAGAGAAUGUUGUAGAAGAGAGUAUGGUUAAAUAUAUCAAUGGUAAAGAUGGUUCAAUUUCAGAAGAAAGAAUUCCAACUACUUCAUGGUAUGCAGAGCAUGGUCAGAUGAUCACAGUGCAAAUUGGUGAUAUUCUUAUUUCUGGAGUUCAUGCACAUGUGGGAGUUGUUCAGAGAAGGUAUCUAUGGUCUGAGAUGGAACAAAUUAAGAUGCUUAACUUUCCAUGGCUUGUUAUAGGUGAUUUUAAUGUUAUUACUUCAGCAGAAGAAAAAGUUGGAGGGAAAAGUCCCAAUAAAAGAUCAAUGUUGGAUUUUACUUCUUGUUUAGACAUAUGUGAACUCAUACAGGCUCCUAAAACAGGUUUAUCUCACUCUUGGUCAAAUUGUCGGCAAGGAAACAAAUGGAUAAUUUGUAACUUAGACAGAGCUAUGGUUAAUCAAAUGUGGAUGCAAAAAUAUGAUUCUUGGGGAUAUAAAGUUGGAUUGAGAGUAGCUUCUGAUCAUGCUCCAUUAUUAGGAGGUUGUGCACAAUGUCCUAAGCCAAAAAAUACUCCUAUGAAGUUUCAACAGAUAUAG